GUCAUGGAAUUGACCAAACUGUCCGACAUGACAAAACUCCACCAAGCUGUAGCUGCUGGGGACUACAAUUCAGUGAAAAAGAUUUUGAAGAAAGGUCUCUGUGACCCAAACUACAAGGAUGUGGAUUGGAAUGACCGAACCCCGCUUCACUGGGCUGCGAUCAAGGGACACAGGGAGGUGCUGCAGCUCCUGAUAGAACACGGGGCCAGGCCCUGCCUGGUAACUGAUGUGGGCUGGACCCCCGCUCAUUUCGCAGCUGAAUCGGGCCAUCUGAACGUGCUCAAAACUCUCCAUGCCCUGCACGCCGCCAUUGACGCCCCUGACUUCUUUGGAGACACACCAAAGAGGAUCGCACAGAUCUAUGGGCAGAAAGCCUGUGUAGCAUUCCUGGAGCAGGCUGAGCCCCAGUGCCGGGACCACCGCCAGGCCACCAAGCAGAAGGGGCUGCAGCUCGAUCAGCGGGAUGAAGGCUGGGAUGCCAAGAAGAGGGAGCUGGAGCUGUCUCUUCCUUCCUCAAAACAAAACACUAAUAAGAAAAAGAAUAAGACUCGAGGCCCCACCAGGCUCAGCAAUACCAAGGAGAGGAGAGUAUGA